AUGUUCCUUAGAAUGGAGCCGAUCAUCAAGCUGCUAGCUGGACUCACCCUGCUGACAUUAUGUGUGAUGGGAUCCGCAGGCCAACACUGGUCCUACGGCCUGCGCCCUGGGGGAAAGAGAAACGCUGAAAACGUGAUUGAUUCCUUCCAAGAGAUAGCCAAAGAAGCUGAUCAACUGAAAGAGCCACAGCGCUUUGAAUGCACCAUUCGCCAGCUGCGUUCUCCCCUCAGCGACCUGAAGGGAGCUCUGGAAAGUCUAAUUGAAGAGGAAACUGGGUAUUCAAAAUCUUUUCCAGGAAAGUCUACUUGA